AUGAUUGAACCAUAUACGCCAGAAAUCGAGAUAGACGGCAGGAAAUACUUCCCGGCACCUUACAGCCUACAUCCUCUUCCUAAUGAUCUACGGAACGGUCUCAUACCAGUCGGUCUGUUCGCUCUGCUGUCUGUCGUCUCCACUCUGACUCUGAUCUGCUUCAUUGCCUGGCGGUUUGCAACAUGGAGACUGCACUACCGCACCUUCCUCGGCUACAACCAAUAUGUCGUUCUGGUGCUCAACCUGCUCCUGGCCGACCUACAACAAAGCUCUGGCUUUCUCAUAAGUUUCCACUGGUAUCGGGUCGAUGAGAUCAUGGCACCAUCCUCCGCUUGCUUCGCACAAGGCUGGCUCAUUCAUUCCGGCGAUGUGGGUAGUGGACUUUUUGUGCUGGCAGUUGCAGUCCAUACAUUCUAUACUGCUGUUUAUGGCAGGCGUAUAAGCAACAAAAUGUUUGCUAGCGGCAUCGUUGGUUUGUGGACUUUUGCGUACUUCCUCACUGCCGUAGGUGUGGGCAUGCACGGAGACAAGUACUUUGUCAAGGCAGGAGCCUGGUGCUGGGUAUCAUCAGCGUAUGAGGCCGACCGCCUGGCUUUUCACUACAUCUGGAUCUUCGUCAUUGAGUUCGGAACGAUCCUGAUAUAUCUGGUCACGUUUUACCAGCUACGUCGCAAAACUCGUCAACUGUUUGCUGGCCCCCUCGGCGAUAACACUACUAGGAAUACUGCUACCAUCGAAGCCGUGAACAGGAUAACGAAGCUCAUGACACUAUACCCAUGCGUGUACGUCUUGCUGACACUACCAUUGUCGGCUGGUCGUAUGUGGAGCAUGGCUCAUCACGGUCAAGCAUACAGCAAUGUAUUUGCAUGUCUGGCUGGCUCUCUCAUCACCAGCUGCGGCUGGGUGGACAGCUUGCUGUACACGCUGACGAGAAAACGAUUGUUGAAGGAUACUAUGCCGGGCCACUCAUCGUCAGGUCGAAGGACAGGACCGAGUGGUAGUGACAACUGGGAAGCCACGGAGCUGGGCAGCAAAGGGAUCACGCACACGAGGACCGUCACUGUCGAAGGUGGACAGAUGAUGGACACAUACCAACAUGCGCACCAAGGCAGCAUAAGCAUGCCAGGCGCAAGGACCCAGAACUCAAGUUGGGAGGCUCGUCCACCGAGUCCUAACGGGAGUAUCGAUCCCAUCCUGAGUGGAAAAGGAUCCGCCGGCCGAACCAAGACAGAAGUCACGGUCGGUCUCGAACAGAUCAUGGCUGAAGACAGCGAGGAAGACGACAUCUCGGCGCUGCCGCCGUACGUUGCCAGAACACCGAGGAAACACCAAGACGGGAAGAUGUAA